AUGGUACCCUCCAUAAGAGCUGUUCCCAACGCCGCCAAGCGAGCUACAAGCUUGCUACGCACCAUUCAGUAUACGCACCCGCCUUCAUGUCCCUGCCACUCAAACCCGGGAUAUCAUCAAUCGCCACCAACUUUCACUCCAUCAAGGCAUGCUCACCAGCGCAAGUAUGCCACGCCUACCACCCAUCCAGGCCAGAAGGAGUACGCCUUUGAGAUGGCUGCUUCAUCCAUCAGGUUUGGCCCCGGUGUGACGCAGGAGGUCGGCAUGGACUUGAAGAACAUGGGGGCGAAGCGUGUCUGCGUGGUAACCGAUGAGACCGUCAACAAGCUGGAUGCUAUGAGACAGGUCCGCGAGGCUCUCACCCGAGAGGGUAUUCCCUUUGAGGUGUACUCCAAAGUUCGCGUUGAGCCAAAGGAUAGCUCUAUCAAGGAAGCUAUCGCCUGGGCUCGCCCUUACGCACCGGAUGCUUUCCUUGCCGUUGGUGGUGGUUCAGUCAUCGACACAGCCAAGCUCAUGAACCUGUACACAGCAUAUCCUGACGCCGACUUCCUAGACUUUGUCAAUGCCCCUCUCGGCAAGGGCCUUCCCAUAGAAAAGAAGUUGACGCCGCUCAUUGCCGUUCCUACGACAGCUGGCACAGGUAGUGAGACGACAGGAACCGCCAUCUUUGAUCUUGUGUCCAAGCGAGCAAAGACUGGAGUCGCUCAUCGAAACCUCAAGCCCACACUUGGUAUCUGUGAUCCUCUCAACACAAGAACCAUGCCAGCUGCUGUCAAGGCAUCGUCAGGUCUUGAUGUUCUGUGCCAUUCACUUGAGUCCUGGACUGCCAUCCCAUACAACGAGCGAACUCCCAGACCAACAAAUCCCAUUCUUCGACCGGCGUACCAAGGCGCGAACCCCAUCUCUGAUGUGUUUUCGUUCCAUGCUCUUCGUGCCACCGUCAAGUAUCUCCCACGAUCCGUCAAGAACCCUGACGAUCUAGAAGCCCAAUCUGAAAUGCUCUUGGCAUCGACCCUGGCUGGCGUUGGGUUCGGUAAUGCCGGCGUACAUCUCUGUCACGGCAUGUCCUAUCCAAUUUCUGGCCAGAACCCGGGCUAUAGUCACGAUGGCUACGAGGUAGCGUCGCCCCUUAUUCCUCAUGGUGUCUCUGUGGCGGUGUCUGCGCCAGCAGUCUUUCGCUUCACGGCGGCAUCCAACCCAGAGCGCCAUCUGCAAGCUGCAGAAGCAUUCGGGGUGGAUAUUAGCAACGUGAAGCGAGAGAGCGCGGGCGAGGUUCUCGCGGAGGCCAUUACCAAGUUCCUAGCGGAUCUAGGUGACCAGCCCAAGGGGCUUAGAGAGCUAGGCUUUGGCACGGAACACAUCGAGGCCCUUGUCGAGGGAACGAUUCCCCAGGCACGUGUGUUGAUGCUGGCACCAGGAUUGUCCACGCAGCUCGAGGCAGAGAAAGACCAGCUACGGAGACUGUUUGAGGAUGCCAUGGCACACUGA